GUUCACUUCCGCCUUCCGCUCUAAAAUAGCUCGUCGAUUUGGUCUCGGAAACUUUUAUAUUUGUGAGUACGCUGCUAUGGGAAAUAGGCGAUUAGUUUUGCGUUAGAGUGCACGUUAUGCUCAUGAACGGCCAGGCUAGGUUGCUCGUUGCUUAACCUCCUUGUUAAAUAGACAAGCACAAGAUCCAGGAAAAGACGUCAGUAUGGUCAAGUUAUUUCACAUAUCCGUAUUGUAUAAGCACCCAACGAAAGGCGUCAUUUUAAAAUGUGCGAGCGAAGUAUCGUCGUUCAGCUUCUUCCAGAGAUCGAGUGUUGUCGAAUUUCUCAAGUUUUCCAGCCAAAUCAUAGUGUCUCGAAGCUGUGUGGCGACACGGUCAUCUGUACGAGAGAGAGAAUAUAUGUGCCACGUCUACGUUCGCAGCGACUGCUUAGCCGGCGUUGUCGUUUCUGACCACGAAUACCCGAGCCGAGUGGCGCACACGUUACUCAACAAGGUACUGGAUGACUUCGCCUCGAAAGUUCCGGCGCAUACGUGGUCUUCUCUAGUUGAAAGCACAUGCCAGUACCAGGGCUUGGAGGCAUACCUGGCAAAGUACCAGGUGCCCACUGAAGCUGACGCAAUGACCAAAAUCCAAGCUGACCUGGAUGAAACAAAGAUCAUCUUGCACAACACCAUUGAAGCUGUCUUGGAACGUGGCGAAAAACUGGACGACCUUGUGGCAAAAUCUGAAGACCUGAGCAUGCAGUCAAAAACGUUUUACAAGACUGCCCGGAAGACCAAUCAAUGCUGCACCAUCCUCUGAAAGCAAGUGGAGCUCAUUGACUUGUAUAGACAUAUACGUGUUCUGUCAAGGCUGUCGUGGCACCUGCUGGACACAGGGCGCUACUCAUUGUGCAACUUGUUUUUGUGUGAAAGGGCCACCCUAAUAUAGUUGUUGUAACUAAGUGGACAAAUAAAA